AUGAAGAAGAAAAGCAUGCAUAUUAUGGUGUUGAUGUUGAAGGUAUUAGCAGUUAUAGAAUUAGUGUUUCUGAUAGUCCACCCUGGUGUUCAUGCCUUGAGCAGAGACCAGUUCCCUCCUGACUUCGUGUUUGGCGCAUCAACCUCAGCUUACCAGGUUGAAGGUGCAGCAAAUGAAGAUGGAAGGAAGCCAAGCACAUGGGACACCUUCUCUCAUUCUGGAAAUGCGAAUAUGUAUGCAGGUGAUGGAGAUGUUACAUGUGAUCAAUAUCACAAAUAUAAGGAAGAUGUUCAGCUCAUGUCCAACAUGGGCUUAGAAGCCUACAGAUUUUCUAUAUCAUGGUCAAGGCUUAUUCCAGAUGGAAGAGGACAAGUGAAUCGCAAGGGACUACAGUAUUACAACAACCUUAUUAAUGAAUUGAUAAGCCAUGGAAUUGAAGCACAUGUUACAUUACACCAUUUUGAUCUACCACAAGCACUUGAGGAUGAAUAUGGAGGAUGGGUUAGUCGAAGAGUUGUGAAAGACUUCACAGAAUAUGCAGAUGUGUGCUUUAGAGAAUUUGGAGACAGAGUUAGGUAUUGGACUACAGUGAAUGAGGCCAAUAUUUAUGCAGUAGGUAGCUAUGAUAUAGGAAAUGCACCACCUCAGCGGUGUUCUCCUUCCUCUACAUUUAACUGUUCCAGAGGAAAUUCCUCAACUGAGCCAUAUUUGGUUGCCCAUCAUAUGUUGUUAGCACAUGCUUCAGCUGCUACGGUAUAUAGAAAGAAAUACCAGGGCAUGCAGCAUGGCUUAAUUGGGUUUAGUCUCCUUACUUUAGGUUUUCUUCCACUAACAAAUUCUACUGAAGAUAUAAUGGCUACUCAGAGGGUCCAAGACUUCUUCAAUGGAUGGUUUAUGAAUCCCUUUACAUUUGGAGAUUACCCGGAUAUAAUGAAAAAGAAUGCUGGCUCAAGGCUUCCUUCCUUCACCCAAAAGGAAUCAAAUCUAGUCAGGGGCUCAAUCGAUUUCUUAGGAAUAAACUUUUACUACUCAUUUUAUGUUUCGGACAGUCCUGACAACCUACAGAAGGAGAACAGGGAUUUCUUUGCAGAUUUAUCAGCAAAAUUGCAAAUGCUUAUUCCUAAUGAUACAUCAAAAUACGAGAUUCCACUUACUCCCAAGAUUUUCCUAGGGACGUUAGCCUCACUAAAGAACUCUUAUGGCAAUAUUCCAAUUUUCGUACAAGAAAAUGGACAACAAACACCUCAUAAUUCAUCAUUAGACGACUUGCCAAGGGUGGAUUACUUGCAUGCAUAUAUUGGAAGCAUGGUUGAUGCACUGAGGAGUGGAUUAAAUGUAAAAGGUUACUUUGUAUGGUCCUUCAUGGAUGUAUUCGAGAUAGAUAGUGGAUAUGAAAAAAGUUUUGGUCUGUAUUACGUAGACAUGGAUGACCCAGACUUGAGAAGGCAACCUAAGCAUUCUGCUGAAUGGUACUCAAAUUUUCUGAAAGGGAAGCCUAUGGACCCAAAGAUCACCAAGGAAAUUCGCAAGAAUGCAAGUGUGCUUUCACACCAUCCCUCACAACACCAUAGUGCCAUAUAA